AUGAUUGACCGCUGCAAAACCAAACAAAAACCGGUCAGCCAUUCAAUGUUCCAAAAUAAACAUAAAUCACCAUCUAAGGUUCCAAAAGGACAUACGUUCGAAAAUAAACAUAUCAACCAUUUAAGGUUCCAAAGUAGACAUAAAUCAACAUCUAAGGUUCCAAAAGGACAUAAGUUCCAAAAGGACAUAGGUCAAUCAUUUAAGGUUCCAAUAUAAACAUCCGGAUACUUGAGUAUUAGCUCUCUCUUACCAAACAUCAAUAAAUUGGGUGUAAAACCAAUCCAAAGUAAGAAAAAUGUCACAGUCUGUAUCAGACACACGCAUAUCUAAAAAUGAUUCAAAUUGACGAAUAUUAAUAUUCCAUUGGCGUUC